GGGAAACUGAGCUGUCUGUGGUCCAUUUUCACCAAUUUGGGAAGAAGUGAUUUUCAGAGACAGGCAUCAUGGAUCAAGAGGAAUACAGACAAAGAGGGAAAGAAAUGGUGGACUACAUUUGUCAGUACCUGACCACGCUGAGAGAGAGACGAGUGUCCCCUGACGUGAAGCCGGGAUAUAUGAGGGACCAGUUGCCUCCAAAAGCUCCUCUGGAGUCAGAAAGCUGGGACGAUAUCUUCCAAGACAUCGAGAAGAUCAUUAUGCCUGGGGUCGUCCAUUGGCAGAGUCCACACAUGCACGCCUACUUUCCGGCUCUCACCUCGUGGCCUUCUCUUCUGGGAGACAUGCUGGCAGAUGCAAUUAACUGCCUGGGAUUCACUUGGGCAUCCAGCCCCGCUUGCACAGAACUGGAAAUGAACGUGAUGGAUUGGUUGGCUCAAAUGUUGGGUCUUCCUGAUAUGUUCAUGCACUAUCAUCCAGAUAGCAUUGGAGGAGGCAUAUUACAGAGCACUGUUAGCGAAUCCACUCUGGUUGCUCUGCUGGCUGCAAGAAAGAAUAAAAUCCUGGAAAUGAAAGCAUCGGAGCCAGAUAUGGAUGAAUCGACUCUGAACUCGCGGCUCGUUGCUUAUGCCUCAGAUCAGGCCCACUCCUCGGUGGAAAAAGCAGGGUUGAUCUCCCUCGUGAAGAUGAGGUUUCUGUCAGUGGAUGAGAAUUUUUCCUUGAGAGGCGAAGCCCUAAGAGAAGCCAUUGAAAGAGACAGAAGCUGUGGACUAGUGCCUUUUUUUGUUUGCGCAACUCUGGGUAGCACAGGUGUCUGUUCUUUCGACAACCUUGAAGAGUUGGGUCCGAUAUGUACUAAAGAGGGGCUCUGGCUUCACAUUGACGCUGCCUAUGCAGGAACGGCAUUUCUGUGCCCCGAAUUCCGGCCGUUCCUGAAGGGCGUUGAGCAUUCCGAUUCUUUUACUUUCAACCCUUCCAAAUGGAUGAUGGUUCACUUUGACUGCACAGCCUUCUGGGUCAAGGAUAAAUUCAAGCUCCAGCAAACCUUCAGUGUUAAUCCCAUCUACCUCAGACAUCCUAAUUCGGGAUCAGCGACUGACUUCAUGCACUGGCAAAUUCCUCUGAGCCGAAGGUUUCGCUCGCUGAAGCUCUGGUUUGUGAUUCGUUCCUUUGGCGUGAAAAAGCUCCAGGCCCAUGUCAGACACGGUGCGGAGAUGGCAAAGUACUUUGAGUCACUGGUCAGAAGCGACCCCCUGUUUGAGAUCCCAGCCAAGAGACACCUGGGAUUGGUUGUAUUUCGUUUAAAGGGUCCUAACUGGAUGACAGAAAAGGUCUUGAAAGAUCUCAACAAGUCGGGCAGCCUCUGCCUUAUCCCAGCGAUGGUUCGGGACAAAUUCAUCAUUCGCUUCACUGUAACGUCUCAGUUUACGACCCGAAAAGACAUCCUGCGAGACUGGACCCUCAUCCAACGUGCUGCGGCACGAGUCUUUGAUCAGCGCUGCACUCCCAAACCUGUUAUCACGGAGGAAGUCCCCAACGUGAUAACUAACCCCCGUCCUAAACCGACUGGCAUCGCUUCCCAUUUUUUCACGGAGAAGGGAGAACGCCGGAUGUCGUUGCCGAGGCGAGUAACAGCACAGCCGCGAAGGGCGUCUCUCAGUUCUACGGGGUGGUUGUCCACCGAGUGUGCCCGAGUGCCCCCUUUGGAAGACACUUUUGUGGAAGAUGGCCUGGAUACCACCGGGCUCUUGAACUUGCCUGCGCACAACAAGAAAAAGACACGUUCCCUUAGCGUGCCGACCGCGGGCCUGUGGGAGCCCAGCUGUUCAAAGUCAGCAAGCCUUGAGGGUUCUGGGAAGAAACUCCUUUCCAAGUUACCUGAAGAGGUUCUCAUGCUUGAGAAAAGUGCCUUCAAGAAAUUCUUGAAAUUUUACCGGGUUCCGAGUUUCCCCGAAUGCACCAUUCAGUGCGGCCUCCAGCUCCCCUGCUGCCCCCUGCAAGCCAUCGUCUAGUGCCUCAGCGCGCGCCGCCUUCCCCGCGUAGGUGAGAACCAAAGCCUGCUUAUUC